AUGACUUGGAAAAGUCGUUUUGGCAUGCUCGAUACCAGAUUCUUCAAUUCCGCGGCUGUGACCAAAUUCCACUCGAUAAGAAGGGCAUCUUUCAGAUCCUGGACACUGGCAUACAUUUCGACACAAAACUGGCUCGCUGCGAAAGGAAUCAAGGAUCUGCAAUGGCCGGCGUGUAGCCCAGACCUCAAUCCAGUUGAGAACGUUUGGGGAUUGUUGGUUCGUCGUGUCUACCGCCAUGGCAAACAGUAUGCCAGUGUCCAGGAUCUGAAAGAUGCCCUUCUUAUCGAGUGGAAUUUGGUCACAGCCGCGGAAUUGAAGAAUCUGGUAUCGAGCAUGCCAAAACGACUUUUCCAAGUCAUUCAGAAGAACGGAGGCGAGACCAGUUAUUAA